GUCGAACCUGGACGACCAGCUUAUUUGAAACUUAGAUCUGAAUUUGGUGAUGAAUUCUUCGAUGCUCCAAGUGGUAUGCUUGAUCGGCCAAAAAUGGCUGCUGUCGUGUUCAACGAUGUCGAGAAACGGCGAAAGCUGAAUUCAAUUUUGCACCCGGCUAUUCGUUGGGAGAUGUUCGUACAGAUGCUCAAGUAUCUGCUUUUUGGCAGCCAUUAUAUUGUGCUCGAUACACCGCUUCUUUUCGAAUCCAGCUACCAUAAAAUCCUCUGGACAGUCAUCGUCGUCUGGUGUGAUGACAACACCCAGCUCAAACGACUGAUGCUGCGCGACAAUCUGACAAAGGAGGAAGCGUUGUCGAGGAUUACCAGUCAGUUUUCGAUUCGUAAAAAGAUGGAGUUGGCCACGAUUCUGAUAGACAACAACGGAACGAAAGAAGAUUUACGAUCAAAGGUUCGACCUUAA